AUGGAAAACGAAAUCCUGGAAAGAAUAAACGUUCCUGCUGUUAUCGAUAGAGAUGAAUGUAUUUAUUGCUUCGAAACACCCGUUAAUAACAUCCCUGAAGGUCUAACGACAGCUGGUACCGAACAUUCGUUGAAUAUCUGCCUAUCAUGUUUCCAAUCUGUUUGCGAACUUCAUCGUGAACUUCAUAUGAAUGUCACUCAGAACUCUUGUGAUACCAUACAUGUUAAUUAUUUAAACGUGGCCAAAUUGGAGAAAUCAAAAAAGGAGACUGAUAAUGCAGGUGAUGUUACUCCUACAAAGAAGAUUAAACUACAAGUGACAGAGAAGUCAGAGGAUGAUUUAUAUGAUACAGUAUGGGAAUUAAUUCAGGUGCAAGGAGAAAAUACUGAGGUUUUAUUGAAUAGUGAAUCCCUACGUGGCCAAAGUACCCCCGAGAAGAUUUCCUCUAUCUUAAGUGCCAAAUCCCAACAGUUGGCAGAUCAAGCAAGUUCUUGGCAAUUAGAGAUACAUACAUGUGAGCAUUCUAGAAAUUUUAAUGUCGCUGAUGUGCCUGUCUCAAAAAUAGAUACUUCCAAAUGUAACGAUUGUGGUUUGGAUUCAAAUCUAUGGUUAUGUCUACAUUGCGGGAAUUUAGGUUGUGGUAGAGAACAAAUAGGUAUCGAGGGCCAUUCGCAUGGGUUGAAACAUUAUGAGACUCAUAACGAUCAUUGUUUGGCUAUUAAAUUAGGUUCUUUAAGUGAGAAUUCCAAUGAUUUGUAUUGUUAUCAAUGUGAUGACGAAGUCAAAUUUAAUGAUGGUAACAAGAUUCUAUCAUUAAUUUUACAAAAGUUUGGGAUUGAUAUCUCAAAUAAGAUGGCUACUGAAAAGACUUUAACUGAGUUACAAGUGGAACAGAACAUGAAUUGGGAUUUCAAAAUGACAGAUUCUCAAGGUAAUCAAUUGAUUUCAUUACAAGCAAAUGAUGAACUUGGAUGUGGUUUGUUAAACCUGGGGAACUCCUGUUAUUUAAACUCUGCGAUUCAAUGCCUUUUAAACGGUGGUGUUUCUCAUUGGGGGGAGCAAUUAAUAGAGGACAUUGGUGUUGAAUUCCCAAUGGAUGUUGUUUAUCCUAGUAACAAUUUGAAAUGUCAAUUGAUUAAGUUAACGAAUGCCUUAAAGAUGACACCUGACCAAUAUCCACAAGGUAUUAAACCUCGUAGUUUUAAGAAAUGUAUAGGUGGUAAUCAUGAAGAGUUUAGUUCUAAUAGACAACAGGAUGCAAUGGAAUUUUUAACAUAUUUGAUUGCACAAUUAGACAAAAAAUAUUUUGAUAAGAAAUCCAAUACUAAUGACGAUGAGGACUAUAAUAAUAAUCCAAGUGAUUUAAUGAGAUUUACCAUGGAGGAUAAAUUACAAUGCCAAACAUGUCAUAAAGUAAAAUAUUCGUAUAGCACAGCUGAAGCAUUACAAUUACCAUUAUUGGAGAAUGAUGAAACACAAGAUAUAAAAGAGCGUUUAUCCAGUUUUUUUGCUAAUGAAACCAUUGAAUUCAAUUGUCCAAAUUGUAAAUCAGGAGUGAGCAAUGCUGCUACUAAACAAGCUCACAUGAAGACAUUCCCUGAUACCCUUGUAUUAAACCCAGUAAGAAUAAAAUUAGCCAAUUGGACACCCGUCAAGACGAGCAACGAAUUACUUCUACCAGGUGUCGAUGAUCCAGAGGAUCUUCUGGAUAUGAGCCAAUGGAAAGCACAUGGUUUCGAUGUCGAUAAUGAACAAUUGAUGGAAGAUAAUGAGGCACAGGGGUUUGAACCUAAUGCAGAGUCAAUGUCCCAAUUAAAAGAAAUGGGAUUCACCGAGAAUGCUGCCAUGAGAGCAUUAUAUGCGACGGGGAACCAACCAGGAAGCACAGAAUCAGCUAUGAAUUGGUUAUUUCAACAUGUGGAUGAUGCCGAUUUGAACGAUCCAUUCGAGCCACCAAGUAGUGACAAACAAAACAGUAACAACAGAGAAGUUGACUCUGGUUCAUUAGAUACUAUGUUAGCCAUGGGACUAGACGGUAAAUUAUCUACGAAAGCGUUAUUGCUGAACCAAGGAGAUGUCAGUCGUAGUAUUGAAUGGGUUUUCAACAAUAUGGAUGACGAUGGAGAGAUUAUUGAAACCAAUACCGCUGCAGCCGCUGAUAGUACUACCAACACAAAGGAGUAUGGACAUGAUGAACCGCUACGUUACAAAUUGAGAGGUGUUGUCUGUCACAAGGGUAACUCUGUUCAUUCUGGUCAUUAUGUUGCAUUCAUUAGGAAAACUGUUCCUGAUAUGACUGGAGAACAAUGGGUGUUAUAUAAUGAUGAAAAAAUUGUGUUGGCACAGGAUACUCAAGAGAUUCGCCAAAAUGGGUAUAUAUAUUUCUAUUCUCGUUCAUAA